UGACAGUGAAUCCUGAGCAUCGUUUCUCCAGCCUGUCUGACAUGCAGACUUCUCCCUACCUCGCUGACGUCAACUGGGACGCUGUGUUUGAGAAGAAGAUGGAGGCCGGAUUUGUUCCUAAUAAAGGUCGACUACACUGCGACCCCACCUUUGAGCUGGAGGAGAUGAUCCUGGAGUCACGCCCCCUUCACAAGAAGAAGAAGAGGCUGGCUAAGAACCGGUCCAGAGACAACAGCAAGGAUUCACAGUCUGAGAACGACUACCUACAGGAGUGCCUUGAAGUGGUGCAGCAGGAGUUCAUGAUCUUCAACCGUGAGAGGUAA